UGAAAAUAAAAUAAAAAUAAAAAUAAAAAAUCAAUCACCCAAUUCAUUCGAAGAGAGAAAAUUCGAGCUGAAGAAGCUUUCCAAGCAGCCAUGGCAAUUGCGACUCGCAUCGCCAUGACUGCAGCUUCGUCAAUUUCCUCUUUAAUUUCUGUUCACUGCCAUAAUUUCGAUUUUCGAAACCCUAGAUAUUCAUCAUCAUCGUCAGCUGCGUCGGCUGAUUAUGCAUCAUCUUCAAAUCGGAAGACGAAGAAGAGUAAUCAAACUGAUCGAUUAUCUGCUGUUAUCGAUGCUGCUAAUGAUCGCAAGCUUCCUCCUGAACUUCGUGGCCAACGCAAUAAUGUCAGAUCAGAAACCGACAUAGUUAACAUUGUUGAGAAAAGAAUAUGGCAAUUUAUGGAAGAAGGCCAUUUUGAGAAAUUACCUGGCAAGGGAAAACCUCUCAAUCUUAGUACCAAUCCUCAUGCAGCCCCUGAUGAGGACACACUAUAUCGAAUUCUCUCAAAAAAUGGGUGUGCACCAGAGUGGGUGGAACUCAACAAGCAGAUAAGGAGCGAUGCUGUGGAAUGGCGUUCAGCUUUGAAGAAAGCAUGGGCAUACAAGGUCAAUGGAAAUGUUGCUAAAUGGACAGAAUGCUCAGAGGCUUUAAAGGCUGAAAUGGGUGCUAUUAAUAACAAGGUAUUUCGCUAUAACCUAGUUGUACCUUUUGGUCGCCAAAUGUUUGGCAUCAAGUGGGAGAAGGAAUUGGAAUGCCUGAAAGAGUCCUAACAAUAUAGCAUGCAGAUCCCAGAUUUACACUUUGGCAGGUGAUGUCUGAAAUGGCCUUCUUGAAAGGCCUCUGUUAGGAAGAAAGGAGUAUUUUGAUUGUAUGAACAUCAGAGCAUGUUUUCCCCUCUAAACCAAUGCAUCAAAAUGCAAGAUAUGUGAAAUGUAUAUCAUAAUGUAGAUUGUUUGAUAUGCCAUUACUCCUGAUUUGCUUCUUGCUUUGCGUCUCAUAAA